UUUAGUGUAUGGAACAAAACAUGGAAAGAAAAACUCAAGUUGUGUAUAGACUGCUAGGUGAUGACGACAUUAAUGACGUCAUUGAGCUACUGAUCGAGCAUUACUUACCCUAUGAACCAAUGUCCAAAUGCCUUUCGUUGACCGAUGAAGAAAUGCGAUGGUACGCUGAUGACGUAGCUAGGGUGAGUGGGGUUGUGUUGCAAAGAUUAUGGGAAUUGUUAAACUUCAUUCAAUUACAGGACGUGGUGCCGCAGGGUGUGAGUAUUGGGGCAUAUGACAGUUUGAGCAAGAAAAUGUGUGGUUUGUCGAUGGGGAAACUUAAAUGUUACAAAAUCCCAAGUUUCAGAAGGAGCAAAGUUCCGGAAAAAGUUCUAUAUAUGCAAAGAUUUGAAGAGUGGUCAGAAUCAAGUUUAGAGGAAGAUCUCGAUAGUACCAACUUCGUAAUUGGUGAUCUCAGUGUAGUUUCGUCCGAAUAUUCAAAUCAAGGAAUCGGCACAGAACUCGCGAAAAGACAUGCGGAGUUUUUUGUAGAACGGGGGUUUGAUUUUUGUGUCGGAUUUUCAACGUCAGUAAAAUCAAUGGGUAUCGUCCAGAGAUUGGGAUACAAAUGUAUAAAGAAGAUAGACAUGACAAGUUAUAAAGAUCCAUAUACCGGUGUAGCUGUGUUUGCUCAAGCAGAAGCGAAAGACAACUGUGUUCACGUGAUGGUAAUAGACCUACAGAAGCCAAGAUCAAAUAAAUUGAAGAGCAAACUAUGAGUACUCUAUUAGAACUGUUUCAUUUUAUUUAAAACUAAGACAAACACCAGCACGCAUUUGUAUUUGUUACCUUUCUUGUUGCAACGCUCUGUAAAGACAGAAUUUUCUUGUAAUUAUUUGCAUGUGCCUGUUGUAAAUAUAUAUGGUUGUGCAGUCGUCAUUUCGGUCAUACUGAAUACAGAGAUACUGUCCG